CCUGCUUUCGCGCGCGCUAGAGCGCGCUAUUCAAAACAAGACGUGAACCGCGGUCAAAGCAAGCACAGUUGUUUUGAGCGGGUUACUCACUAAGUAUCUCCUGAAUGUAGCGGUCUGGAUUUUUCCUUUGUGUUUAUCGUAGUUACUUUACAGUGGUCCUGAAGAUGUUGCCCAACCUUACUUCAAGAAAGAGGAAGCAGUGCUCUCCUGACCUUGAUGGAAACCCUGCAAAGAGGCAGAUCAUCAAUGGCUAUAGCCCUCCUAGGAGAUCAUCCCCUCGCAACGCCCAACCUUCCAUCCAAAAGAUGUGUGCUGGUCAUCUUGAGAAGGAGAACCAUUCACCCAUGAAAUCACCAGGAAGGAGACCGCGCACUUCGCCUCCAAUGCCUCUUACCCCUAAAAAAGGCUCCAGGAACUCUCUGCUGGAAGAACCCCCAAAAAAGCAGAGGUCUCCUCAGAAGGUGACUAAGCAGAGGUCUCCUCAGAAGGUGACUAAGCAGAGGUCUCCUCAGAAGGUGACUAAGCAGAGGUCUCCUCAGAAGGUGAUUGUAGCAGGUUCCUUCUACAGUAAACAGAAGGUUUUGUAUCUCACACCCCUGGAUAGGAAGCUGCUGAAGGAAACCAAAUCUCCUCCGUCCAAAUCCGUCGAGGAGAAGCCCAACCCUCCACCUUCUGUGGGGAAACCCAAAGGCAAGAGAGGCCGGCCGGCAAAGAAGAUUACAUCAUCGAAAGUCCAGAAGCCCAGCAUUAAGGGCUACCUUUCAGCAAAGGUCAGUGUGAAUAAGGUGACUCCCAGCUCCAAGGUUGACACAAUGAGCUCUGGGUCAGAAGCCUCUAAGAAAACUCCCAUGAUUACCUUUGGUAGCCUGAAGAACAAGGCCAAACCUAAGAUCCUUGUAGGUGCUGCUUUCUUUGCUUCUGGCAAAAAGCCUGCUGCUAUGUUCAAACGGGCAGUGCCAUGGAAGCCCAAACAGACUGUAGGUCAGGAGAAGGGCAAAGCCGAGGCUCCUCCAGAGAAGGAGAAAUGCAGUGAGAAGGAAGAGGACCAGCAGCGGCGUUCCCCGAUUCGACACUCCGUCUUUGCCAGGAAGCCGCCGCAAAAGGACAUGCCCAGGUUACCAGCUGAGCUCACAAACACGGAGAAACCAAAGGAAACGACCACGGACGUGCCCCUGAGUCCUGAGGUGGGCUCCCCCCGUGCCUUCCUGGAGAAGCAUGGCAUCAUGAAGGACCUCAAAAUCGUGCUAAGGAGAUCUGUGUCCCCCAGUAACACCGUUUCUUCUCUGGACAAUGUCUGCACACAGGAGUCAGAUAAUGAAAUGGGCUCUGGUACAGAGUUUGACCUUAGUGACAUCAAUCAUUCACCAGAUGACAGCAGUUCUGAUGAAGAUUCAUCUGCUGUGUACCCCAUCUUUGGCUCCAAGAGAUCCCAGAGGAAGAAGGCCCUGUCCUCCCCCAGGACAUGCAGUACCCCCUCAGGUCUGUCCAGCAGCCUCACGCCCUCAUUCAAGGACCGGAGCAGCGCCCGCACCAGGCGGGAAGGCAGGAGGUGUGACGACGACCAGCUCAUUAUCGACGCGGGUCAGAAACAGUUUGGAGCAACCACCUGUGGCUCUUGCGGGAUGUUGUACAGUGCGGACAGCCCAGAGGACAAGCUGCAGCACAGUCAGUUCCACCAGCGCUUCCUGGACGCUAUCAAGUUUGUGGGCUGGAAGAAAGAGCGUGUGGUAAAUGAGUUCUGGGACGGUAAAAUACUUCUCGUUCUCCCUGAUGAUCCAAAGUAUGCAACAAGAAAGGCAGAGGAUGUGCGCAAGGUGGCGGACAGUGAGCUGGGCUUCCAGCAGAUCACCCUGAGCAGUCCCAACUCGGCCAAGACCUACCUGUUCGUCAACAGCGACAAGAUGGUAGUGGGCUGCGUGGUGGCAGAACAGAUCCGACAGGCGUUCCGUGUGCUUGAGCAGGCUCAGCAGCCGCAGCCACAGAAGAAGGUGUCUGCGGAUCAGGAGGACAUUUUGGAGCGUCACCGGGCUUGGUGCUGCUCCACGGUGCCCGAGCGCGCCAUCUGCGGGAUCAGUCGCGUCUGGGUCUUCAGCCUGAUGAGGAGGAAGAGCAUCGCCACGCGCAUGCUGGACACUGUCAGAAAUUCUUUCAUGUAUGGAAGCCAUCUAACUAAAGAGGAGAUUGCUUUCUCUGACCCCACGCCAGAUGGCAAACUCUUCGCCACCAAGUAUUGCGGGACUCCAACUUUCCUGGUCUACAAUUUCAUUGGCUGAUAACACUUGUUAGCAUUGGAUGUUUUGAUUUUUGUAAAGAUUUUUAUUUCAAGUUUUCUUUUUCCUUCAGACGUUGCAUUUUUGUAAAAAGGAGAUAUUGUUAGUUAAUGCAACUUUGAUGUUCAUUUUUAUUAAAAUAUGAAAUGUACUCAUAGUUCCAAAAGUGAUAAUGUGUGAAAGGCACAAAUGAUAUGGGAUCAGAAUGGCUUAGCACAACCUCAAUCCUGAGCUAAUCAGAAUGGCUUAUUAUUCACCAGUCAGUCACAAUUCUACAGCACAAGCUAUGGUAACAAUGCUAUCUCAUGAGCUCUUCUGUUAGUGUCAUACCUUUUUAAAACAAACAGUCUGUAUGAGGAGCUGAAAAGAGGCUGACAUCAGUAUUAAUUCUGAAGUGAUUCUGAUACGCUUUAGAGGUUAGUAUCAGUUACAUAAUUAUUUUGAAGGUCCAGUUGCUGUUUUUUUUUCUCCUUAAAUACUCUACAGUUGUAUUUAGUACUUGAUGUAUAUUGCAUUAUAUGUAAAUAAAAACAUAUC